AUGUCACCAGGUGGUCUCGGGAGUAGCAGCUGUGUCGACUGUGGGAAUGAUGACCACAACAAUGAUUUGAGAGAAUUUGAGCGUGUUGAACAGGAGGAUGAAUACCAGAAUAUCGGUGAUAAUGACUGGGGAUAUUCUGCUGAAGAGUUAGAAUCAUUUAUGUGUCAAAAUGAAGGUGGGGAAGCAGCUAUGUGCGAGGAUGAAGAGCUUCUUGGCUCAUUACACGGCGCCGGUAGAUGUAUGAUGGAGUGUUGUAUGUGA